UCCGUGCACGCUUACGUGAUCCGUUGAUUUGUGAGUGUUCCCGCUGGUUCUGUUGUUGUUUGAUUCAUUUUGCAAUUUCUAUUUCCUGAUCGAAUUGCUACUGUUUACCGGAGCUGCAGACUCGCUGUUUGCUCGUUCUAUGGCUGCCGUUGACAUCGUCCUUCGCCGUUCAACCCGAAUAGCACAACACCCUCAUCACCAUCACCACACGACUAAACGACGUCCUUCGAAUCACCCCGAAAUAAUAGAAGAAGGAGUUAAUUCUACCAGCGAGAAUGACGAGCUCACCCCACGUGCACUCAGAGCACUCAAACGUCAGCGUUUAGCGCUUGACUCGGACAGUUUUCUACUCUCUCAUAUAGAGGCACAUCAUCGGAGAAAGAGACGCAAAGAGAAUGACAAUACCAAUAUCGGGCAUGGUAACGUCGGGGAGCCACGCCAUAUUCCACCUCUCGCGCCGACAAUCAUCGAUCUACCUAUACAACCAGUUACAACUCAAGAAUCACUUCGCAGCGUGCUCACCGAUCAACCCAGUAUUUUAGCGCCCAAGGAUGACGACUCCAAGUCGGAGUCCAAGUCGACAACGGAACCCAAGUCGAUGACGGAGUCGACGGAGCCAGAACCAUUGAUGGAGCCCAAACCAACAGAGGCCAAGUUGUCGACGCCACUCGACCUUGACUCUUUAAUCCCACUAGAUCCUUUGCCCGAAUUCCCUUCACAUGACCCACCUUACACCAACUCUUCAGACUUUCAGUCAAACGCCACAUUUCCCACUGGCACAGAUAUCAACCCCUUCUCCUCCAAUACCAUCCCCUUCGGAUCGUCCCCGCCCGGUCCUUUCGGGUCAAAUCCAUUUCCCUCAAAUCCUACCUCCUUCCCCCCUGGCUUCUCUCACGAGUUCAUCCCCCAACCCAGCUUUUCUCCCUCCCAAGACAAUACCUUUUCAAACACAGCAUUCUCUAACCAAGAGUAUAACAAUGGAUACAACCAAUCCAACGGAUACCCCCAACAAGCCACCUUCUCCCAACCAAACUCGUUCGACUACACACCCGCUCCACACCGCGAUCGAGAAGUCAACAUCUGGAAAUUAGCAUGUCAAGAACGAGUGGAAUUCCUACUCCGCCGCUAUGGCAUAGACACUAUCAAAGCCCUUGUCGCAUCCGAAGCACGUGCCCGUUUCCCCUCCCCCAACACCCACCCCUCUAACACCCGUUUCCGUCUCUACACACCCGCUUCCUACCUCGAACGCGCAAGCUACACCUACAAGUCCGCAGAACUCGAAGCUGUUGAUUUUGAUAUGGACGACGAAGAGGAUGAAGAUGAAGAUCUGGAUGAAUGUGACCUUGGCGCCGACUACGAUGACGAUUAUGAUGAUGACGAAGAAGAUGCGGAGGGCGAGGACGGCUUGUUUUUGAUGGAUGUUGAUGGUGCUAAGGGGAUUGCGACACCUUGUGUCCCAGCGAUUGUGACCCCUACGGUUCCGACGGUUCCGACGAUUUUGCCGCCGAUAGUGUCAGUAGCGCCAACACCGCAGAAACAGGCUACGUCACCUCCGAGAUCUACCUCGCCGCCUGCGCUUGGUGGGCGGUCUUUAUUGGAUACCAUACCCACUCCACGCCUUUUGUGUGCGUCCCCGCCGUGUUCCCCUCCACGUCGAACUCCAUCUCCUCCUUCAACCCCUCAGCGUCUUCCUGCUACCUCAACCACUCCCACGACAUCAACGCCUACACAAACGCCUUCCUUAACGCCCGCAUCUAAUCAAACGCCCUCACCACCAACACCCCCACCAUUACAUCUCACAUCCACCCCCCAGACACCACCACCGAUACACUCACCCCAAAUGCCAUCCCCAACACCACCACAAAUACACCCGCCCACCUUCCCACGCACCCCACCCCUCUCCUCCCUCCACGUUACCAUCCUCUCCGAGCCUCCCCGCGCAUUCAUGGGGCGCGGCACUCCUCCUGAUAGGAGACGGCUGAGCGAGUGGGGGAGGUGGGGAUGUGUGCAGGUAUAUGGGAAGGGCGGAGAGAGGAGACGUUUAAGUUUAGGACAUGGGGAGAUCAUGUGCAUCUGCAUCAUGAGCAGCCUAUACAAUGUGGAGAGAGCUUGGGUAUGGGUAUGGAGCAGCUGCGCAAAGAGGAUAUAACAAGGCAUGAGAAUACACCACCUCUACACCUCACCGAACAUCAAUCCCCACACGCACCCCAACAACACGAUCACCCACAUCUGCAUCCUAACCCCCACGAAGACCCACCUCAUACACACGCUCACACUCACUCUGUACCAGGCGAAUGGACGAGUUUCCUAUUCGCGAUGCUU